AUGGAUCCCAAUGCUAAUUUGCCUCCUUUUGUGAUGACGCCGAUCCAUGUCGUAUGCAGAGGUGUGGUAUACCCUGUACUACCAAUUCCCAGCACUACAAGAAUUAUCGACCUCAAACAGCUGAUUUGGCAAUUGUUUCAAGUCCCAAUCCUACCGGAGAGGCAAGAGCUCUCCUGCGGGCAGUUACUGAGGGAUGAAUUGACUCUGCAAGACUAUGGUAUUCCCCCUAAUGCUGCCAUUCAUGUCCUUGUAAAAAGUCAUGUCAGGAUCUGCUUGAGCUCUCAGGGCCCUUAUUAUGACUACGUGGUACACGAGGGUACUACCAUGGGGGACUUGAAGGCCAGACUUCACGCAGAUCAUGGCGUUGUCAUCGAAAAUAAGGUACUCCGAAUGAAUACUACUGAUCAUGAUGAUCGUACUCAACUGUGGGCUGUUGGAGCCGUGGAAGGAACUGAGUUAUAUCUCGAUGAUUCAAGGCCUCGAGGACGAGGGCGGCCUAGGAGGGGGGGAUGA